CCCGGCGCCGGCGGGAAGGGCCUCCGAGUCCGGCCGAAGCGCCCUGUGACCCCCGCCGGUCGGCUGGUAUGGCUGCAGAGGAGCUCGGGGCAGACCCCGCACUGGCCCCAGAGCCGGCAAAGUGGAGAUCUCUACCGAGAGCAGAGACCCACCUCCCCGCAGUGCUACAAGCGGGGCGCCGGAAGAGCCCCAGGCGUGCAGAAGCUCACAAAAGGCCACCCGUCCUCGGUCCAUUCAUUUUUGUUCACUGUUGAUUCAACCCCAUUCAUUGAUGGGCUGGGGCCUUGCGCUGAGCGCCCACAGUCGAUGGGGAAAGGGGCUCUGACCGACCGUCCCCACGCCGGGCGACAAGUGCUGUCCCAGCGUUAUCAGUCGGGCGCCGCGCCAGCCCUGAGGGCCCGUCUCAAUUCGUCUCCUGUCCCCUAACUCAUCCCCGCGCUGGCUGGCCUGGACAGGGUAGGAUGGGGCGGCGCCGAGAAUGGCCGUUGUGAGAACCCUAAGAGCCAUGGCCAUGCAGAAAAUCUUUGCCCGGGAAAUCUUGGACUCCAGGGGCAACCCCACAGUGGAGGUGGACCUGCACACAGCCAAGGGCCGAUUCCGAGCAGCUGUGCCCAGUGGGGCUUCCACGGGUAUCUAUGAAGCUCUGGAACUAAGAGAUGGGGACAAAGGCCGCUACCUGGGGAAAGGAGUCAUGAAGGCUGUGGAGCACAUCAACAAGACUCUGGGCCCUGCUCUGCUGCAAAAGAAACUAAGUGUUGUGGAUCAAGAAAAAGUUGACAAAUUUAUGAUUGAGCUGGAUGGGACCGAGAAUAAGUCCAAGUUUGGGGCCAAUGCCAUCCUGGGCGUGUCCUUGGCCGUGUGUAAGGCGGGAGCAGCUGAGAAGGGGGUCCCCCUGUACCGUCACAUCGCAGAUCUCGCUGGGAACCCUGACCUCAUACUCCCAGUGCCAGCCUUCAAUGUGAUCAACGGGGGCUCCCAUGCUGGAAACAAGCUGGCCAUGCAGGAGUUCAUGAUUCUGCCUGUGGGAGCCAGCUCCUUCAAGGAAGCCAUGCGCAUUGGUGCUGAGGUCUACCACCACCUCAAGGGGGUCAUCAAGGCCAAGUAUGGGAAGGAUGCCACCAAUGUGGGUGAUGAAGGCGGCUUCGCACCCAACAUCCUGGAGAAUAAUGAGGCCCUGGAGCUGCUGAAGACGGCCAUCCAGGCAGCUGGUUACCCAGACAAGGUGGUGAUCGGCAUGGAUGUGGCAGCAUCUGAGUUCUAUCGCAAUGGGAAGUAUGAUCUUGACUUCAAGUCGCCCGAUGAUCCUGCACGGCACAUCACUGGGGAGAAGCUUGGAGAGCUGUAUAAGAGCUUUAUCAAGAACUAUCCUGUGGUCUCCAUCGAGGACCCCUUUGACCAGGAUGACUGGGCCACUUGGACCUCCUUCCUCUCGGGGGUGAACAUCCAGAUUGUGGGGGAUGACUUGACAGUCACCAACCCCAAGAGGAUUGCCCAGGCCGUUGAGAAGAAGGCCUGCAACUGUCUGCUGCUGAAGGUCAACCAGAUCGGCUCAGUGACCGAAUCGAUCCAGGCGUGCAAACUGGCUCAGUCUAAUGGCUGGGGGGUGAUGGUGAGCCACCGCUCUGGGGAGACUGAGGACACAUUCAUUGCUGACCUUGUGGUGGGGCUCUGCACAGGACAGAUCAAGACUGGCGCCCCCUGCCGCUCGGAGCGUCUGGCCAAAUACAACCAACUCAUGAGGAUCGAGGAGGCUCUUGGGGACAAGGCAAUCUUUGCUGGACGCAAGUUCCGUAACCCGAAGGCCAAGUGAGAAGCUGGAGGCUCCAGGACUCCACUGGACAGACCCAGGUCUUCCAGACCUGCUUCCUGAAAUAAACACUGGUGCCAACCAA